AUCAUAGAGCGAGACAGAGGAAGUGAGCCAGAACCUUUCAUUCAUAAAAUAAAAUAAGUUCAUUCAUAAAAGCUGCACAGUUCUCCCAGAGCACAGACAGAAAGCACUGGUGUGGUGGAGCAGAGCAGAGCUGGAAGCUGGGUAUCUGACCGGGAAAGUGUUCAGGUCAGUCAGGAGGUUUGAGACUUUACUCGGCAUGACUGGAGCACAGCCGGCAGGACUCUGAGCUACACAGGACGGCCCCGGUCCCAUUCGGUACUCUGAUUAUGAGAGAGCAAACCUUACUCUCUUUCAAGUCACAGACAGGACUCCUACCAGGUAUGCUGAAACGCACCAAAUACAGCCGACUGCACAACGACUCCUUGACACCUUCGGAAGAUCACCCUGAUAGAAUGCUGCCCUCCAAGAGGGACCUCUGCUUAGACUCUGAUUUUGCUCAGAUUGAUCCAGGGACACCAUCUCACCAGGGAUCUUCCAGCCUGAGGAGCUUCAUCCCCCGAGUGGCCAACAUCUGCCUACAAAGUCCAAAUUGCAUGCGAAAAGGCCAGAGGGGUCAAGCGAACACAAAGAUGGAUAGAACUGUCAGUAAAAGGGACAAUAGACCUCUGUCCAGAACAGACUGUGCAUCUUUCCUCGGUGUGUCCUUCUCCAGUGGACCAAACGUGAUCCCCCCAGCUCUCCUCUCCACAAAGCGUCCCAUCACACUGCGCCGGAUGCCAAGCCUUCCCUGCACUCUGUGCUCACAGCAAGACGACAGACUUUGCUGCUUGAAGGCUGUAGAUGACUGUGCAGUGGUGAGGACCUCAAAUAGAGCGGUUCACCAUCACGUAAAGUACAUGGGUAGCGUGGAAGUGAUCCAAUCCAUGAGGACACUCGACUUUGAUACAAGAAUGCAAGUCACACGGGAGGCAAUUAGCAGACUGUGUGAGAGGACUUCAGUGAAAUCCUUGCUUAAAAGCAAGAGGUCUCCGUGCAAAGGAGUGUCUGCUGUUUUGGGUCAGAUCAACAUGCAGUUUUCUGGGAGCAGAGCCAUCCUCACGGUCUCCACAGACAGUCUGACUCUGAUCACGGCCUCCACUUUACAGAGGAUUGUCUACUAUCCCAUGCAGGCCAUUUCAUUUGCCUCUGGAGGAGACCCAGACAUGGCAGAUUAUGUUGCCUACGUUGCAAAGGACUUCAUUAAUAAAAGAGCCUGCCACAUCAUGGAGUGUCCCCAGGGUCAAGCCGCUGAGGUUAUCAGCACCAUCGGGCAGGCCUUUGAGACUCGUUUCCGGCAGCUCCUCAGCCAGACAUCAACAGUUCUCUCCCCAAGGUCUAUGGUUAGGAUCUGUCCCAAAUGGAGUCCCAAAGAGACAUCAAUGGACCAAAAGAGCAAGCAGGAGGAUGAGGUCACUAAGCAACCAGAGUAUUAUAAUGUCAUCACAGGAGAAACCUUUUUUCCACUGGUUGGGAGGAAAGGGGGCAAGCAGAACAUAAACGAAGAGAAGAAAUUGGAGCCAGAUGUUCAGGAGGUCUGUUUUUCUCCGCCUGUUUCACUGUAUGAGAACUACUCUGUCAGAGAAGAAACACCAGCUCCAUCUGCAGUGUCAGUUGAGGAUGCUGAUGAACGACGCUUUAAUGGAACCCCUGUUCAGAACCUAAUUCACCAGGAGGGGUGGUUUCACGGCAGGCUGGGUAGAGAGCAGGCAGAGUCUCUCCUUACCUGCAGUGGGGAUUUCCUGGUCAGAGAGAGCAGCUCAGCCUCUGGUCAGUAUGUGCUUAGUGGGAUGGAGGGGCCAACUGUGCGACAUCUACUUCUGGUUGAUCCACACGGGCAGGUGCGAACGAGGGACCAAGUAUUUAAAAGCGUCGGUCACCUGGUGCGAUUCCACAUGGAGAAGCAGAUGCCUAUCUUCUCUGGAAACAGCAAGCUGUGUUUGAAACAGCCCAUCCUACAAUCACAGUAACAUCCAGAGACUAUUAACUUUAAAGACAAGUUCUGAGCCCAACAAUGUAAUACUAUCAGCAUUUUUUGCAGCCUGAUAAAAUCAAAACAACUUGUGAACACACUUGAUCUGAUUUACAAUUAGGUGUAAUUAGUUGUAUGCCUUUUGGGGAUGUUAUAGUAAUAUCUGCAUAUUUUAGUGUACAAACUAUUGAUAAAAUGUUUUGCUAUUUGUUUUUAUUUCCCAUAUGGUAAUUGUAAGCUUGUCUGUCCCACAUUAAGAACAGGUGCUGGCCUGAGAUCAUCCGGUGUCCUUCAAGUAAACUUUGAUGGACGGUCUUUACUCAAAGUGUAAGCACAAUCUCUGCACUCUGGAGGAAACUACCCGAAUGCUUAAUGACAAUUUUUUUUUUUCUUUUUUUUGCUGUCCUAAUAUCACGUCUCUAUUUCUUAUACUUAACCUUAAAAUUAUGUUUAUGUUGAGGGGAAAAUGCAUAUUAGUUUGUAUCAGCUAAUUAGAUGACAAAUGUAAUAUUACUCGGUUUUCACUAAAGCAAAAAUAAAUCUAUAGUUUUUUUCCAUAACAUGCUUACAGUUGCUGUAUUUUCCAACCUACAGCUAAGAUUUCACAAAGAGACAGCUCUCUUGGUACAUCACAAUACCAUGUUUAUAUCUUCCAUUCACCCAUCAGUCCAUACAUCUACGUAUGUAUCCAGUUACCAACAUAUCAAUCCAUUAAUUAUUUGGCCUUCCCAGGUCUAUACAGUAGCCCUUUCACAACCUCAGAGUUUGCAUUGGGGUAUUUCCUCAGACAAAUGUGCCUGAAAAAUAUUUUAGAACAAUAAUCCAGUAUGCAUUAAUCUUGAAAGCUUAACACCUUCAGCUCAAUCCUCCAACAAUCUGCAAUGUUUCACAAAAUGGAUUAAGGCUUAGUUUUAAUAUUCUUUUCACUAUCAAUAUUGAUAUUAUUAUAAAAAUGUUCUUAUACUAAUACACAUGUUAUACUGCAACUGAUCCCAUCAUCUAACCGCUAAUUUCAGCAGCAGGAGUUUGCAUCAACUACUGCUUAAAAUAUGUCUGUUAAUAUUUUAGUGGUACUUUAAACUAAAACUUUGAAAUAAAAUAUUUACCUAUUUAUUUCUUUUUUUACAUUUUUGUGGAACGAGUGGACAUUAUCAAUCGUGUUUCAGACAAGAAAUGAGCAGGAAAAACAUGGGUGGGAUUAUAUGCAGCAGGAAUGAAAACCCGGGAUAGUUUGGUCAAUGACUAAUAUAAUAGCCUUAGAGUACAGGGCACUAAAACCAGGCCAUGGUAUUUUUGUGGGGAGCUAUUAUUCUUUUGGGUUUACUAAUUAAAUCACUUCUGGAUUACACAACAUAAAAUGGUUCAUUGGAAAACUAGGCAGGGAAACUGUUCAGAGUAAUAACAGAAAAAUAUAUUGAAUUAAUGUUUUGGUGAAAUAAAUCUUUUAGCAAAUGGAUCAAAAUGUGAGGGUUUCACAUUCGUAUUGUUUCUUGUAUGUCUGUUUUUUC